GUUUUGUUUCUUCAGAUGAAGAAGAUUUUCUUUCUUAUUCUGCAAACUGUUCUUCAGUUAGCGGACAGCACUUCGCUGAGGGUCAUCCAGCCUAAUGUUGCAGUGGUGGACUCGGACAUGCAGGAGUUGUCCAGCUUUACGGUGCCACUGCAUUGCGGAGAGCAAUAUGAAGGAGAGCAGAUUCACUGGGAGAAGAACGGGAAAAGCAUUUUGGAAACAGGAAACCGCAUCAAUGUUACGAUAAAUGGACUGCUUGGAGGAAACUUCACGUGUCACAGACCAAACAGAGACUUCCUGAAUUACACAAUACUCCUGGUGCAUCCAGUCAAGUUUCAUAAAGCUCUACUUCUUAAACAAUCCAGCAGCAAAGAAUUCGUGUCUUGCUCGGCCAGAAACUAUAAUGGACAAUUUCAUUGCUCCUGGAAAUGGCAUCAUGAACGAACCCACAAAGCCGUGGUAUAUUUCGCUGCCAUCAGAAACUCAACUGACCUCAACUGCACCCUGGACUCUAAUAUCUCGGAACUGACCUGCAUCGAUAAGGAUUAUUGUCCGUAUUCGGAAGAGUCUUUGAGCAUCAACCUCACACUGCUCGUCAGAAACAUGUUCAGGCUGGAGGAACAUCACAGGACUUUCUUCAUCCGAGACAUUGUCAAGCCAGAUAAAGUGGGCAUCACCAAGAUCCAGGACAAUGAGUUUGAGUGGCGCCCCCCACAGACCUGGAGUUUCCCCUGCAGUUUCUUUCCUCUUUCCUACGAGAUCAAAGUAGUUCCAAGAAGUCAUGAUUGCGACUACACAGGGAAUCGUGUUGAACAAAAUGAAACCAACAAGACACAUUACAAGGUGAAUAGCAAAAAGCCGUAUACUUUCUGCAUUCGAGCUCAGGACCCACUAACGAAAGCAGUUUGGAGUGACUGGAGUCAUCAUCAUCAGAAAAAACACCAUCACAUUCUGAAAAAAUAAAAAGUGAGUUCAUUUGUUCUUAUUAAUUAUAAUUAUGUUUUUUUUAUUUUUAAUUAUGCAGUUCGUAUCAAUACUACUGUUAAUCUGAAUAAUAUUUCUCUUUUUUUUUUUGUUAAUUCAGGUAUCAAAGGAACACUGCACUCUGCUAGAUAAUCAGCCUUCAAUUGCUGAAAGAUGUUCAUAUUUAUUUAUUUAUAUGUGAUGAGUUUUGAGCUCCAAGUGUUUUCAUGCAUUUACUUUCCAGAUCAUUAAAAAUAUUGAAUGUU